UUUUGGGGGCUGCGGGUCUGCCGGGACUUUUGGUGUGGACGGACCGGACUCGGCUGCUGCUGCCACUGGGACGGGAUGAGAAAUUAUUAGAAUUACAACCCGGCCGGGGACAGCCCGUUUUCCGCCUGAGAAAUGUCCACCCAGGGAUCGGUGCUGGCGCUCGGGAAAUGUCUCGCCUGCUUGGAGUUCAUGCUGUUUCCAGUGUGGAGGGGGAUCGGAGCCAGCAGCGCCGUCGGGUGGAGCCAGGGCUGGGGCCGCUGCUUGAGAUGGGAGCCCGGUAGCCAGGAGCGGAGCAGCAGAAUCCCGGUGUUCGACUACCCAGUCUGGUUGGUGUUCUGCCGCCGGGGGCGUGCCAGGCUCAGGGAGGUGUGUCAGCGGGGCAGGGGAGCAAUCAGACUGCCGGCAGACCUGCUGAGGAUAAAACUCCCCCAACUCUUCGACAUCCAUCAGGUUCCCAAGGUGUUCAGGGAGGACAGCAUCAUCUCCGGUUAUCGUCACCCUCAGAGCUCCGCCAUGGACUGCGUCCUCAGCAGCUUCCAGAUGAACAACGAAACCAUCAACAUCUGGACCCACUUCCUGCCCACAUGGUACUUUGUGUGGCGUUUCUUGGCUCUGUGCUCCGCCAUGAACUUCCUGAACGACAGCUACACCUGGCCGCUGCUGGUCUACAUGCUGCUCAUCUGUAUUUACCCGUUCACCUCCAGCUGUGCCCACACCUUCAGCUCCAUGUCCGCAGAGUCCCGCCACAUCUGCUACUUCUUUGACUACGGAGCCCUCAGCCUCUACAGCCUGGGUUGUGCCAUCAGCUACGGUUACUACGUGAUGCCAGACUGCUGGGUGAACAGCUGGCUUCAUCAACAUUUCGUUCUCAUCGCCAUCGGGAACUCGCUGUUCUGCACCAGCAUGUCCUGUUAUUCCAGAUUUGUGGAGCUGCAGUUCCCAAAGAGAAGUAAAGCGCUACGAACCGGAGCGUUUGUUGUGCCGUUUAUUUUCGACACUGUUCCUCUGUUUUACAGGGCAUUGAUCUGCUUUUGGGGCGGCGGCACCCCGAGCGACGCCCUUUCCAGUCACUGUUUCCACCUCCUCUUCGCCUUCCUCACCUGUUUCCUGUUUACCGCCCACCUCCCAGAGAGGCUGGCCCCGGGGCGCUUCGACUACAUCGGCCACAGCCACCAGCUGUUCCACAUCAGCGCUGUGGUGGGAACCCACUUCCAGAUGGAGGGCGUGGUCGCGGACAUGACGUCCCGGAGGGCGUGGCUCCAGCUCCACGGGGCGAUGCCAUCCUUCCUGGGGACCAUCGGGGCGCUCGCCAUCAGCGUCGCCCUCAACCUGGCCAUCAUCGGCAUCUUCAGCGCGCCGCUGCUGUGGAAAACCCGGCCUGGCUCCGCCCAGCAGCACGCCUGCAGGGAGCAGUGAGGAAGCGUUCCCGAAACGCGGCGGACUCAUUGGCUUUCCAAAGGAAAGUUUUCCCAGUAGUGCUGGUUUAACAGUUCCUUCUGUUGUUUUAAGUGUUUGUGUGUCGGCGCAGCGGCUGAAGACCCAGGUUCGGUUUCUGAAGCCUCGUCUUGAUGUUUGGGUCGAGGAAGGCUCUGGGUUGAAGGACGCCUGCUGCAGGUUUUUAAACCUCAAACUGGAAACAUUUGGUUCAAAUUGAAAGAAAUUCUGAGAUUUCACCCAAAGUAUUCCUCCUAACUGGACACAUCAGCUGGUCGGGUUGUUCUGUGAGCGCAGCGGCUCGGUAAAAUAAUGCAGAUUGGAUCGGCAGCUCUUACACGUCCACCGAUUGAUUCCGCUCCUCGCUGACUGGAAUUGAUUUUCAGAGCCAUGUGGUUUCUUUUCCUUUUUCUUUUUUAUUUCUCCUGAUUGCCCGCCUCAUUAUAAGCCACACAAUCUGCCCUGGAAGAGGGCAGAAAGUGUGGCGGUGAUUAAAAGACAGACUUUCAGAACGUUCCGUUGCCAUGGCAGCGGCGGGGCGGCUUCUCGGUUCCCGUCUCGGUUUCCCACAGGAAACUGAUGCUAAUUAGAUUCUGACCUUGUUGGCGUUCAGAGAACUUUAACAUUUGUUUCACACACGGUGGUGGGAUUCAGAGAAACAGACAAAGUGGAGUUUAUUGAGAAUUAUUACCAUUCAUGGUGAUUUCUGUAGAAGUGCAUUUAAGCAAAAACAUCAGCGGCUCAUUUCUGCUUCAUAAAUGUCAAACCCAGUGAUUCUUGUUUACAUUAACCACUGAAAUCAUUUCUUUUAAGAAAUUUUAAUUUAAGUGCAAAAUGUGGUAAAGAGGCAAGAUUUUCUUCUGUUAAUUGCAUUUAUCUUUAAAGGAUCAUGUUCUGUUUUCUCAUUUUUAUAACCUUAAUGAUCCUAAAACAAGUGGGGAAAAAAUCCAGGUCACAAAGCUGCUUUUCAUUUCAACGUUUUUAUACACGUUUUAUCUAAAAAUAGUUUGCUUGAUACAUGAUUCCUGAUCUGUGUGGGGAAGCAGCUUAUUUCAUAUUUCUGUCUUGAGGUUCUGGAUGAGGCUGGAGUGACGGGUUCAAAGUGAUGGGAAAUGUGGAUUUACAGAAAUCAAAACUUUUAAAUUCAUUUUUUUGAAACUCUGUUGCAAAUUUUCUAUAUUUAUUUUAUCAACAAAAAUAAAUCUAAUCUAAUAUGGUCAUUAUGUGUGCAAAGAUCACAUUGAGCUAUUUUACUGCUUGAAUAAAAUAAAGCAUGAUAGAUAUUUGCUAGAAAUAAUGACAAAUCACGAUAGCUGCUCAAAUGAACCAUUUUUGUGCGUAUCAUCUGAAUUCUGGCGUAAAGCUGCUAUUUUUGUUCGACUGUAGCUGAAAAAUCUGGAAGAGAAUAUGGGAGAUAGAUUCUGACAUAAAAAAACCCCAGCUGAAUUUUGGAUUAAACCCACUUGUUUUAGGAAAAGAUUUUUACCUAAUGAGCAAAAAUAAUUGAAUAGCCUGUAGAUCCGGCAAUAGGACUAAUAGAAGAGGACGGUUAGUUGGAAGCUGGAUGUUGCAGAUGGUUCAUUCUGCAGAUGAAGGUUUUCUCUGUUCCUCAUUUUAACUGACAAACAGGCUGAAAUCCGUCUAAACAGUCUUCUUCUCCUGUAGAAAUGCCACGCUGCUAACACACGCUCACUCUCACACAUUCACACACUCGUCAUGUUUAGUGGAACGACUCGGUCAGCGGGAUAACCGUAGGUGAUUUAAAGGGAAUGAGGUGCAGUCCAGGUCCGUGUCGGACGCUGAGGUGGAAACGUUGGAUGGAAAUUGUGAGUAGAAAACACAAAGUGCACACACACUUUUAUUUUUUUAUAUAAAUAUUACCAGGGUUACUGUGCUGGGUUUGAGUGGCAGCAUCAGAUUAAAGAGCACUCUUAACCCUGAAUGUAUUAUUUAAUUUAAUUUUUUUUAUUAUUAUUUUCCUCGUCUCAGCAUUCAUCAUGUUGCAACAUUCCCCAGUUUGAUCUUGUUGAUUUCAGGGAUUUUCUGUGGCAUUUCUCUCAUUGUUCUUCCUCAGACACUUAAGGG